GUUUUCUUUUGAGGGUUAUAAAAUCGAAGGGCUAACCUAUGUCCAGUUAGGUCAGCCGGACCCACUUUCAGUGGAUCUCACCACGGCACACCACCGCCCCUUAAACCCCCCAAAACCCUAAAAAUUUCCCCAUUUCCAUUUCCCAAUUGGACAGAAACAGCCCCGCAAACCCUAAAUCCUCCUGAAACAACCGAAUCUCCUCCCGAAGCCUCUAAAUUGUUCACAGCAGACAAAAAAUGGAGAUGGAAAGAGAGCAGGGAGAGAUGGGGAAAAGCGUGAUGUGCGUAUUAACAGACCCCGAAGGUACCACUCUGGGCGGCACCAUGUAUCUUCCCCAAAACGUCGGUCCUCUUCAGCUUCAACAGAUCGUCAAUACCCUUCUUAAAAAUGAGGAGAAGCUACCAUAUGCAUUUUAUAUAUCUAAUCAAGAGCUUCUUGUGCCACUUGGAACUUACUUAGAGAAAAAUAGAGUUUCCAUGGAGAAAACACUAUCAAUAGUUUAUCAACCACAGGCAGUUUUCCGGAUUCGGCCAGUUAAUCGCUGUUCAGCUACAAUUGCUGGUCAUACUGAAGCAGUACUUUCUGUUGCAUUUAGUCCUGAUGGCCGACAGUUGGCAAGUGGCUCAGGUGAUACCACUGUCCGACUAUGGGACCUAAAUACCCAGACACCAAUGUUUACAUGUACAGGACACAAGAAUUGGGUUCUUUGUAUUGCAUGGUCACCAGAUGGUAAACAUCUUGUAAGUGGUAGCAAAUCUGGAGAACUACAAUGUUGGGACCCACAAACAGGGAAGCCUGCCAGCAAUCCACUUACAGGCCACAAGAAAUGGAUCACCGGCAUCUCAUGGGAACCUGUCCAUCUAAAUGCUCCAUGCCGUCGCUUUGUAAGCGCUAGCAAAGAUGGUGAUGCCCGCAUAUGGGAUAUUUCCUUAAAGAAAUGUGUUAUUUGUCUCUGUGGCCACACACUUGCUGUAACUUGUGUGAAAUGGGGCGGAGAUGGAGUCGUAUAUACAGGUUCCCAGGAUUGUACUAUCAAAAUAUGGGAAACUUCCCAAGGGAAGCUAAUUCGUGAAUUGAAGGGUCAUGGGCAUUGGGUUAACUCCCUUGCAUUGAGCACAGAAUAUGUUCUUCGCACUGGAGCUUUUGAUCGUACUGGAAAAGAAUAUUCAUCUCCAGAAGAAAUGAAGAAGGUUGCUCUAGAAAGAUACUACAAGAUGAAGGGCAAUGCCCCAGAAAGAUUGGUAUCAGGAUCUGAUGAUUUUACCAUGUUCCUUUGGGAACCUGCUGUCAGCAAACACCACAAAGUUCGCAUGACUGGUCAUCAACAGCUUGUAAACCAUGUUUAUUUCUCACCUGAUGGGCAAUGGGUGGCUAGUGCAUCAUUUGAUAAGUCUGUCAAGUUAUGGAAUGGUACUACCGGAGAAUUUAUUGCUGCAUUCCGGGGUCAUGUUGGGCCUGUUUAUCAGAUCAGCUGGUCCGCAGAUAGUAGGCUUCUUUUGAGCGGGAGCAAAGACUCCACCUUGAAGGUUUGGGAUAUUCGAACAAAAAAAUUGAAGCAAGACCUUCCAGGCCAUGCAGAUGAGGUUUAUGCUGUUGAUUGGAGUCCAGAUGGUGAGAAAGUUGCCUCUGGUGGCAAGGAUAGGGUGCUGAAGUUGUGGAUGGGCUAGAAGUGCAUGUUGGAAAAUGGUUGAAAUGUUAAAUAUGCAGUGGUUUCCAUCAAUGGCAACACAUUGGGUCGUAUAGGAUCUGUGAUGUAACUACAACAAACCAGGAAAUACAGAAUCAGUUUUGGCUGAUUGGUAGAGGAGCAACUUCUCUGUGCAGCCAUUGCUCAUGGUAUUCAGGAUUGCUUGGUGGUUGGCUGUCACCAUAUACAAGCUGUACGGAUACAUUGAAACCGAUCUAGUGUCUUAUUUGAAGUGUAAAAUAGCCUACUGCUAAGGUAGAUUCUUUUUUUAUGUUGAGUUUA